AAAAGCUCUCUGAAGAUCCAAAGUCAAAGUCAAAAUCAGAAAACACUUGUUUCAUGGAUGAUUUGGUUGAUGAGUUGUCAUCUCUAUUGAACAAGAAUGGGGAUACUGAAUGUUUAAAAGGCUCGAUGAUAUCAAAAGCACAGAUUCACAAAGGAGUUUAUUCUAAAAAUAUGUUGUUGUUGGGUGAAAGUGAAGCACACAUGAAGGAAAGUUGUUCAUACUUGAUUGAAAAUGGAGCACUUUUGUUUUGGACGAAUUUGUUAAAAGAAACUCCAUGGGAGAAUUCAUGUAGCAGGUUAUCUCGAAGGGUACAAAAGUCAUUUCGACAUGAACCUGAAAACGAAAGUGAUUUGGAAAAUUUUCAGAUCAAUACAACAAUUACUCCUCCUUCUGUGAGAACAAGGGUGAGAAGUAAAAGAAGAGUGUGUACUCAAGUCGAGCAAAGUACAAGUUCUGCUGCAGAAUGUACAAACAAUCAACCUCAACCUCAACAACCACAAAAUCCGCCUGUAGUACCAUCGGUUUCCGAUCAAUCUUGUAACGAUGCCCCUUUAGAAACGGAAUUAGAAAACAUCAAGAAAGAGCGAGAAAAAAUCAAGAAAUUACAUGAAGAAAAGAAAUCGAUGCUAAUUUCUGAAUGUGAAAAGGAGAUUUUAGAGGUACGGAAGAAGUACGAUGGAUUAAUUGAUGAAUCUGAGAUGUGUUUAACGAAGAAGAUGAAUGUUCUUGAACAAUAUUAUGAUCUUGUGUAUGCGAAUAAAGUAUUGGCUGACACUUUGACACGUACAUGUGAUGAUACUUUUGAUGAAGAGAACUGUGAUAAAGAAAUUGGUGUGAUGAGAGUUCUUGAAAUCCCUGCAUCAACUCUUAUACAAUCAGUGAACCGAUGUACAAGUACAACCAGCAUUCCAACUUUACGUGCUCCAGCCCCUCAUUUAAGGUCAAGUUCUUCAUUGUUUCCAUCAUUGCCCACUUUGUCAACUCCCCAAACACAAACAGAAUUGAACAAUGUGGAUUAUCAAGUAAACACUGAAAAGCUUCCUGUGUUUCAAUCUUCAAACUUAUGGCCUGAGUUGCUUGUGGAAUUUGACACUUUUUAUGAUAUGGGUUUUCCAAGUUUGCCAUUUUUGGAUUCAAAUUAGGGGAGAUCUUGAUCUUGUAAGUGUUGAAGUUCUAGUUUAAAAGGGGUUCAUGGUGACAUUUUUGGAGGUAAGGUUUGUGUUCAUAUGAAGUAGUUGGAAGCGUAUAGACACGUAGUAUGUGUAAAGAAAUUUAGGAUAGAAACAUAUCAUGUGAACAUCAGUAUUUGUUGAUCUAGCAUGGUGAAAAAAAUCACCAAGUGAUUGAUAUCGUCUCAAAAA